UAACUUGACUUAAGCCUUCAGGGUCUUAUUCAGCCAAGUACAACAAUCGAUUGGGGACCCCUCCUCCUUCUAUUUCACUUAUUUUGCUUCGCCGCUCAGAUAUUCCAUGCACAUAUUGCAAUAUUGAAUGCUCGGCUUGCGGCGGUACAAGGAGAAGGGAAUUGACGCGGAAUGAGAGGAAGGACACGCCUCUUCUGUGCCUAGGAUGUGGGGAUGGGGGAUGUAAGGGAUGGUGGUGCACAUACAGCACGCGCACAUUCCACACAGAAAAGCGAGCUGAACUAUAAGGGAAAAUAGAAUAAAACUCACAAUGACAAGCAAAGGAUUUCAAUCGUUAUGCGACUCGGGUAAUGCGGCUUCCAUAUAUAUAUAUAUCCUCUGAUCCAUAUGCAUUAUGCUUCAUUAUGACGGGGCAAGGCCAGUAAUCGACUGGACAGGCAUUGCGCAUACGCCGCGUUGAACGAGUGCCCAACGAUGCGAAAUCAGAGCAGCUGGAACAAAAAAUCACUGCCGCAAAUCGAAUAAAACAGCAGCAAACCCUAUUACACUUUUUAAGACUGCACUUAAUUGUGGCGGCAAAUUAAAUUUUGCAGAAAUGGGUCAAGAGAUUAAAGAAGCAUAUGUCGAACAAUAGCCUGAAUACGCUCUGUGGUCCAGUCCAAUUAGGGGACCAACUCGAUAAACACACCGGAAAAGAUAUUGCAUAUCUAUAUACUAUCUACUAUCGCCUUAUCAUAAGCAAUUGGCCAGCCUCCAAGUGAACCAUUCCUCUAUUUUCCUUUCUUUUUCCCUGGGUUUUCCCUUUGUGAUUUAUGUCUUCGUCAUUGGCUAACAGAAAGCAGUGGGUUGAGGCUGGCUUUUACGCAGUUUUGCUGAACUGACAGCGGCGGCAACAGUUUCCGCUCUUAUUUAUGGCUCCAAGGUUUCCCAUUUGGGCAUUGCAUAACUUAGUCCGAGAAAACCCGAUAAGUGGUUGGUCAUUCACUUGAGGGAUGGCUUCUUUAAGUGGCUCACUCACAGUUCCUGAGGAAUUACCAAAACCUCUCCCUAGUAGAAAUCAUAAAUUUCGAUCUUCAUCCAUUAUUUGGUACGCAUUCAUAUCGACAUUCUGCUGUUUUUUAAACCAUUCUUUUCAGCCAACUUUUUUUUGCCUUACAACCAGAUUUCUCCCGUGAAAAGUUUUAAUUAUAAAAGUUUGGUGCAAACGCUGCGGCAAGCACAUAGAACAAGAAAUACGACAUGCCGCAAUGCCAGAAAUCAGCAGAAGGAGUGAAUUGAAUUUUCUACAGCGGAAUCUGACCUCAAUUCUCUAGACAUCUUCAUCAUAAAUCCGAGGGGUAAACAAGACCGGUAAAAACUAAUUAAUUGGCCUUACUGGCGCUGGCGAUCCAUUGCAGAAGUUUCCAGAAGAUAAACACUGCACAGAAUUAUGAAACUUUGCUUGUAGUAAACUAAACUAUUGAUUUUUCAAUGAAAUUGAAAUGCGUUCAAUUCCAGCGCUGUAUUGUAAGGAAAAACCUAAAAACAUUUAUACAAAACACCGGACCUUUUGAAACAUAUUUGCCCAUAAAUUGCUGCAUUAUUUUCCCAUCUGAAUUUUGUAGAAUAGUCCACACAAUUUUCCCUUUUCAAAAUUUUCAUGGAGUCAUUGCGUUAUACUUUUCGAACAAGUGAAUGACAAAACAACGAAAAGCGCACAUGGCACUUAUGUAAAUUGCAGUCUGCCUGGGAAAAGCGAAAAGUGGGGUUUUUGGGCUGGGGAAAACAACCAGCGAAGGAAAAUCAACGACAACUGCAAUCGCAACUGCAAUGGGAGAAGUGCAAGUGUGGCAAAAAGGGCAGGGGAUUUGGGUGUUUUGUGUGCUUGCCUCCAAGCUUGACACUUCGCCCCACUCUGAAGUUCCCUUGAUCCCCAAUGCUAUGAUGCGAAAAUUGCAUUGUCAGCUUAGGAUGGCGUCAACGGUUGCAGUUGCUCCAUUAGUUCGUUCACUCUUUUCUGGCGAAUUGGCCAUUUUAAUUGCUGAAGCCAUUAAUUGGAGUACUAUGAAGUAUGUACAAUAUUCUCCCUCUACUUGCUCUACUAAUUGGAUUGAGAUUUUGUUGGCAUCGAGCCGAGAUUUAUCCAGUUUUAAAGAGUCUAAAUCGGAUCCAGACAAGCAAAGCUGAAGGUCCAAUAAUUAAAGACCAUGGCAACACCAUUCCUUGUCAUUCUGAGCCCUCCAUCUCCUCUUCCCUUCGUUUUGCCGCCUCACAAUGGGCCUGCAUUUAAAGAUAAUGCUUGUAGGAAAUUUAUUACAUUUGCCCCACAGCGAAAGCGAAAAGAAAGUAAAGCUAAAUGCGUGUAUAAAGCAGAAAUAAAUAAUACCCGGCUGAAGGCACCUGCUGAGCUUCCCUUUCCCAUCCCUCUUUCCAGUUGUUGCCAAAGAAUCUCCGCCAUCAUCAUUUUCAUCAGUAAGCCCCAACCAGGCAUUCUUGUUUUUUGGGUAGCUACGACAGUAGUAGAGUUAACUUUUUCUUUUAUAUUAACAUGGCAAGUAUAAACUUAUAACAUUUCGAGCAAUUUAAUUUUGUGCGUCCGAAAUACUCUGCAGAUUUUACUUUACUGAUUUAGCUAGAUUUUAGAAAGAUAUUUUGAGGAAUUGUCAUUUAGUAUAAGAAAGAUUCCUUUUCAAUAUUUGUCACUUAACUUUAAAAAAGCAUUGCAUAUUUUUUGGGACGAUCAAGUUAAAAAUUCGACAGAUAAACAAAAAAUCGUAUGUUUCUUUUUGUUGGUCCUGAACUUUGAGACAAAAUAUAUUUGUAAAAUACUGUUGAAGCUACCCUCGCCAUUUAGCAAAUGCCACACUCUGUCACAGGCGCAACAGCCAGCAAAGUAAUGCCGAGAAAAGUACACAUUUGACAAAUUACCAGCGAGCAGGUAAACAGAAAGCGGAUAAGCCCAGCCCUGUAAAACGAGACAGGAAAAGAACCACAAGCAGGAAAUUGGGGAGCAGCAGGGAUGCAGGACCAUCUACAUAAUCAUGGCCAUGUGUGGCUAUUAAUAAAAGAUGAACGCAACAUUAAACGCCUGCAUAAAUGUGAGUCAUCCAUCCAUCGACACGAUUGCCAUCCUCCUCGCUUUAUUUACGAUUUGGCCAUGUGACAUUUGACUUUUCAUGCCUGGCAGAUUUCUAUUUUCAUACCGCAUUUAAGUUUUUAUUUUUCGUCCGCUCAUCCCCUGGCUUUGCGUUUCUUUACUUACUUUCUGUGUUUUUUAUUUGCUUUUAUUUUCAAUUAGAGUGAGCUGCACAAACAUAAAUAUCUGGCGAAAGUGUGCUAUUAAAUAUUCAUGGGAAAUGCAGAGAAGGGGAAACCAAGCCGAGGCAAAAUGCCGAGCCUAAAUUAUUCAGAGUGAGAAUUGAUGAACAAACUGGCCAACAGAGAUUGAAACUCUUUGCACCGCUGCCAAUUGGGCCAAUCAACAAAGUCGAGCAGGAUGGGAGCUUGGUAAUUCAUUUCGAAAUCCGUUUGCUCACAAAGCCGGCAAAAAUAAACCAACUUCGAUUAUAAAGUCUGACCUUUUUGCUGGAGCUGCUCGAACUAAGCUUUGUUUAAGUACGAUAAUUACAUGUACUUUCCACAGGAAUCUCGUUGGUAAUUGCACGCCACCACAACUAAUAGUUGCCACCGUUUGGACAUAAUCAUACUUGCAUAAUUAAGCUCGUUGUCCGAAAUCCCCAUGUCUAAACCACUUAAUAUGAUUGCCUAACGACUUUCGCAGCUACCGAGGCUUAAGCAUUAAAGGAAACGAGCACCUAAGCCAUAUCCAUUUAACAGGACGACAGCGAUAAGCUCCCAAAUACGACAAAGAAACAUAAUCGUCAAAGCAAGUCGAGUGCCGUAAAAAUAUUACGACUUGGCAGCUAAGCUUUAAAAAGGUGAGAGAUUGAACACUUGAACAAUUUAAGUAGAAUUAGGAGAUUGUUUUUGGUCCCACUCCCAGGGAAGUCUCACCUAAUAAAGAUGAGCAAGGUUAAUUAGACCAAAAGUUGACGGCACUGUCUAAAAAUAGAAAAGCGGAAAGAAAAAUACCGUUCUGCAUGCAACUGACAGGUGGAACGACAGGCAUGUUUACUAAAGUAUACCCAUCUCAUCGAAACCUUUUUCAUUCCGUUCUGGUUUUUGGAUUGGCAAGACAUCUCGCAUUUGCAGGAACACGCUCACCUGCGGCGAAUGCCAAUUGUGGCCACUCUGGAUUCCAUUCUGAUGCCCACAACAAAGGGUAUUGGUUUUUUGAUGGAAACGAGUGCGGAGAAUAAACCAUAGCAAUGCUAAAUAAACAUUUCAAUACGAUUCCUUCUCUACCCUCUUAUGUAUUUGGAAAUGGAGCCAAAAAUCAUUUUAACAACGAAUUUGUAAUACUGUUUUAAUUUUAUGACUAUCAGUCAUCAGAUUUGCAAAUCCAUACUCUGAUCAUUUUAUUCUAAGAAAACCUUAUCUCUAUAUUAAUUUGUUUUAUACAAAUUGUUUGAUGUAGUCAAAUUUAACUACAUUAAAACAAUUUUUAAAAAGUAAUUUUGCAUA